UUAUACGGAUCAGGGAAAGAACAUGCAACUAUAAUUAAUGCAUAAAAUAUUACCAGUUACCUUCUUAGGGCAUUAUCACGUUUUAUUGUAUUGUACUUCAAAACUGUAACCUCGACAAUUUGCAAAGCCUCAACAAAAAAAUAAACCAUUUAUUUCUAAUACACUCACUUUCCUUUUAACUACCUUAAUAUUUAUUCUACACCUUCGUUUUUUUCUCGCGCCAUCUUACGGCAGAGACUCUUUUUGUUACACAUUGUCCGAGUCACAAAUUCCGUUGAAAUUGAGACUUUACUUAUAACAUUUUUCUAAGAAAAACUCCUUAAAAAAAAGUCAAUAUGACUUUUUUUGGUCGGAAGAAAAGACAAGACAAUGACAUUGAGAAUAGUUCAGGUUCAGGACACAAAAGAAAUGUGUCCACAGUGUCAGCAACGCAAGUCCUUCCAAAACGUUGUGUAUACGUGAAUAUGCCAUUUCCACAAGCUGAGUUGGAUCAGUAUGGGGAACCAAAAACACAAUAUGCCGCGAAUAAAAUUCGAACCUCAAAAUAUACCUUACUAACCUUUUUACCAAAAAAUCUUUUUGAACAAUUCCGUAGAGUAGCGAAUAUUUAUUUCCUUUUUGUAGUUCUUCUACAACUAGUUCCAAUGGUUGGUGGACAGACUGACCCUAUUUUAGCUGCUUUACCACUUAUCUCAAUUAUCGCAAUGACUGCUAUCAAAGAUGCUUUUGAAGAUUGGAAGCGUCAUUCACAAGACAAUUCCUUAAAUAAGUCAAGAACAAUACGGUUGGAAAAUUGGAACAAUGUUAAUAUACCACACGGACAAAGUAGUCGAUUGGGUAAAUUAUUGAAUUUGGGAAGUUAUAAAAAUAAGGGGAAUAAUAGUGUUAGUGGUUAUAAGGGCUCUAGAAGUCUUGGAGAAUCAGACUUAACAAAAAAUAAUGCAAAAUGGACUGCGAGUCGUUGGCAGGAUGUAAAAGUAGGAGAUAUUAUUCGAUUAAAGAACAAUGAUUCUAUCCCCGCUGAUGUGAUAAUUUUAUCCACAAGUGAACCAGAUGGUCUGUGUUAUGUAGAAACUAAAGAACUAGAUGGUGAAACGAAUCUUAAAAUUCGUCAUUGUGUUUCUUCCACUGCUUCAUUAAAGUCAGAAAAUGAUUGUGAACGUGCUUCAUUUUAUGUUGAGUCUGAACCUCCACAUUCAAAUUUAUACUCUUAUACUGGUGUACUACGUUGGCCCGAUCAACCGGGGAUUGAAAAUGAUCAAAAAAUAGAGCCAGUGUCUAUUAAUAACGUUUUAUUGAGAGGUUGUGUCAUACGUAAUACUGAAUACGCAAUAGGAUUAGUUAUUUUUACUGGCGUAGAUACAAAAAUUAUGUUAAAUUCCGGAGAUACACCCAGUAAGAGAAGUCGUAUUGAAAUAGAAACAAAUUUUCAUGUCACCAUGAAUUUCAUAAUUUUGUUCUUAUUGUGUUUAGGUUCUGCAAUUGCUGAUGCCAUUUAUUAUCUUAAACCUACAAGUUCUGCAGAUUUUUUUGAAAAUGGAGGCGGUAAUGGUGAUUCAGCAAAUGCAAGCGGUUUUUUUACUUUUUGGGUGAGCUUAAUAUUAUUUCAAAAUAUUGUACCAAUUUCAUUAUAUAUUACCAUUGAAAUGGUAAAAACAGUUCAAGCUUAUUUUAUCUAUUCUGAUGUUGAUAUGUAUUAUGAGAAACUUGAUUAUCCAUGUACACCAAAGACAUGGAAUAUAUCUGAUGAUCUAGGUCAAAUUGAGUACAUAUUUUCUGAUAAAACUGGAACUUUAACUCAAAAUGUUAUGGAGUUCCGUAAAUGUACUAUUAACGGAGUAGCUUAUGGAUUAGGUGAGACUGAUACUACACGUGGUGCUAAACUUGCAAAUCCUGAUCAAAAUUCAAAAGUUAAAGAUGGUGUUAAUCUUGAUGCUGAAAAAGAAUUAAUGUUAACUGAAAUGACUAAACUAUUCGAUAAUCGCUACAUUUCAUCAAAUCCCACAUUCAUUGAUUCUAAGUUAUACCAGGAUUUAAGAGCGGCAGAUCGACAAGCGAAAGCUAUACAAGAUUUUUUUUCAGCUCUUGCCUUAUGUCACACCGUCCUUGUAGAACAUCCUGAUGAAAAUAAUCCUUAUAAAAUUGAUUAUAAAGCACAAUCUCCUGAUGAAGCAGCUCUUGUAGGUUGUGCUAGAGAUGUUGGUUUUGUAUUUCUUGAACGUUUUCAAGAUACUUUGACUAUAGAAUUAAUGGGUGAACGCAAGGAAUUUACUUUGUUAAACGUGUUGGAAUUUAACAGUACGCGUAAAAGAAUGUCAGUAAUUUUAAGACCUCCUGAAGGUGGUGUGGUCUUGUUAUGUAAAGGUGCUGAUAGUGUGAUUUAUGAACGACUUGAAAAAGGCCGUCAAACAAAAUUAAGAGAGGAAACUUUGGUUGAUUUGGAAGCUUUUGCAAAUGAAGGUCUUCGUACACUUUGUAUUGCUUAUCGAGUCAUAUCGGAUGAGGAGUAUAAUGUAUGGGUUAAAAAUUAUGAAGAAGCUGCUUCAAGUAUCUAUGAUCGUGAGGAAAAGAUUGAACAAGCGUGUGAAAUGAUCGAACAUUCUUUGAUUCUAAUGGGUGGUACUGCUAUUGAAGAUCGUCUUCAGGAAGGUGUUCCUGAAUGUAUAGCAACUUUAGCUAGAGCAGGAAUUAAAAUUUGGGUACUUACCGGUGAUAAAACAGAAACUGCUAUUAAUAUUGGUUUUGCAUGUAACCUGUUACAGAAAGAUAUGCUUUUGAUCGUUAUUUCAGCAUCUGAUAAAGAGAGUGCGAAACGUCAAUUAGAUGAAGCUUUGGAUAAAUUUUUUGGACCUAAUGCGGAAAAUAAAAAUAGUAAACAUGCUCUUAUUAUCGAUGGUGAAACUCUCAAACAUGCAUUGGAUAAGAAAAUUAAACCCCAAUUUUUAGAACUUGGAAAGAGAUGCCAGAGUGUUGUUUGUUGUCGUGUUAGUCCUUUGCAAAAAGCUAAAGUCGUUGGUAUGGUAAAAGAAGGAUUAAAUGUUAUGACAUUAUCUAUUGGAGAUGGAGCAAACGACGUUAGUAUGAUUCAAGAGGCAAAUGUUGGAGUGGGUAUUGCCGGAGAAGAAGGCCGUCAAGCCGCAAUGGCAGCAGAUUACGCUUUUGCUCAAUUUAGAUUUUUAGAAAAACUUUUAUUAGUUCAUGGUCGAUGGUCUUAUAUAAGAAUUGCUGAAAUGAUUUCUUGUUUCUUUUAUAAAAAUAUAGUUUGGACAAUUGCAAUGUUCUGGUAUCAGAUUUGGGCAGGAUUUUCAGCACAAUAUCUUUAUGAUUAUACAUAUAUUAUGCUUUAUAAUCUUGUGUUUACAGCCUUUCCUGUAAUGUUUCUUGGUGCAUUUGAUCAAGAUGUUGAUGCUAAAACUUCAUUAAAAUAUCCACAAUUAUAUAAGCGUGGUAUUUUACAAGAAGAUUUUACAAAAUCGAAAUUUUGGCUUUAUGUUUUAGAUGCAAUUUAUCAAUCAGCUAUUUGUUUCUUUGUUUCUUUCGGCAUAUUUCAAUUUGGUUCAUCACAUCCAACAGGAUUAACAAAUAAUGGGUUGACCGAUUUAGGUACCAUGGUUGCAGGAUCUGUUAUUGCUACAGUAAAUAUAUACGUAGGUUUAAACACUAUGAAUUGGACAUGGAUGGCUUUUGUAAUUAUUGUUAUGAGUAUUCUUUCAUUUUAUGCAUGGGUUGAACUUUAUUCAAUUUGGUCAUCUCUUGGAUUUUUCCGAUUGGAUUUAAUAUUAUUUUCAGAAUUAGAUUUUUGGUUUGGAGUUGUAUUAGCAGUUUUUAUAAGUAUUUUACCACGUUAUACAGUAAAAUAUCUUCAUAAAACAUAUUGGCCUACUGAUACUGAUAUAAUUCGUGAAAAGAUUCGUAAAGAAAAGAAAACCAAAAGAAAGAGAAUAAUAGAUUUAGAAACUGAGGAAGAUAAAGUUCCUAUAACAGGAUCAGGAAGAAUUUUAGAUAAUAAUUCCUUUAAUACAAGUUCAAUAACAAUAAAUGAUGAUAUGCUUAGUGAUAGUUCACUUAGUGAUACACCAAUUAAAAAAGAACAAGUAAUUCCAAAAUUACCAAAAAUUACAACAAUUCCAAGGGGAAGAACGAUAUCAUUAAGAUCAGAAGAACAAGUUUAUCAUAUGCAAUCCGGAAAUAGACAAUCAUUCACAGGUUUCGCAUAUUCUAGUGAAGAAAGUUCAUUUGAAACAUUUAGAAAAUCAGUAUAUAGACCAACAAAACCUCAUUUAUUAAGAAAAACACAUCAUCGAUCAAAUACCACGACCGCAAUAGAAGAAGAAACAAUUAAUAGGAAAUCAUAUUUAUCAACAACAUCAUUGAAUCGUAGUCAAACUUUACCAAAUACAUUAUUUCGUAGGAUGUCACCAAGUCCCAGCCGAUCACCAUCACCUAAUAGAUCACAAAGAUAUGAUGAUGAUAGAAGAUUAAGAUCUGAAGGUGAAGAAGUUGAACUUUCUGUUAUGUCACCAUCUACACCAUCUACACCAUCUACACCACCAUCAUAAUAUAUAUAUAUAUAUAUAUAAUAUAUUUAUAUAUAAUUUUUUAUCUUUCUUUUUUACUUUGAGAACUUUGAAAUUUAAUUUAUUAAGGGAUUCAUGGGAAUCAUAGACUUUUUUUAUUAUCAUUUAUUUGAGAGAAUUUAGAUUUUUUUAUUUUUAAUCAUUCAUUUCGUGUAUUAUCUUUUUAAGCAUUUUUUUUU